ACCCCGGUGGGGCCGCGGGCCGCAUCCUUCCCGCCGUAGGGGCCAUUCCUACACUUCCGGGGCACCCACGAACGGGGUUGGCUGCACUCCCGCCCAGGGCCCCGCCUCCUACGUGCCCCGCCCCCCAGGGCCUAUUCGCUUCAGAACGCCGCCUCAGUGAAGCCCGCCGCCUCAGGAUUCGGGCCCUGGGCGCUGUUGCCCGAGCCCUUAUGUUUCAGGCCCCUGGCUCCCACUUUCCUCCUCUCUGGCCAUCUGGCUCGGUUGCUGGCCUCAUGCAUGCAUUCCUCGCCCAGACCCUCCCUCUGUUCGCCUUGCCCUCCUGCCUUGCCUCGCCCCACGCUCCCGCGGCUCUUGUCUAGCUGCUCUGCCACCCCCUGACCCUCCGACUGGUCUGCUCUUUGGCCAGGGUCUUUCUGGAGCUCAAAUCGGACCCCUCCACUCCCUUCUUACACCUCGGGGGAAGCGCUGCGCGUCGACGUCGCUCAGGCCCGGGCUCCCCUAGCCCAAGCGGCCCUCGGAUGCGUCCCAGGGCAGCGCCAGACGUGAUGGGCUGAGGACGCGUCUGACGCCUUGGCCUGCGCGGUCAGGCUGGGUCGGGGGAGAUUUGGGGCGGUCCGCGGGGUCCUGGGCACACUGGACCUCACCCGCCCCCUCCACCUCUAGAGGGAGAGGGAGGCCCGCGACACGCCUCAGGCUCCGGGCUGGGGUGGGGGAAGGUAGGUCUUGGAGCCGCAGCCGGAGCGCGGAGUAGGAGAGAUGGGGCAGCACAGCCCGGCCCGGGCCCCAGGCGUCUCGCCAGCCCAGCUCCCGUCAGGCCGCGCUUCGGGGCGGGGUUUUGGGCGCUGGGUCAGAGUCUGAGGAAGUGGGGAAAUCUGGCCCUGGGAGCGCCCCUGUCGGCCUACUUCCCUGCCUGGAUUCUGCGUGUUCCUGCCCAGGCUCCCUGCCGGUCGUCCCAGCUCCCGGGGGCUGCAAGGAGGGGACAGGCAGUGCAUUCACCUGCCCAGCCAGGGUGGCCCAGAGUGACCACGGCUGUGCCAUGAGGACUGCGCUGGUGUACCACGAGGACAUGACAGCGGCCCAGCUGCUCUGGGAAGCCCCUGAGUGUGAGAUCGAGCGUCCGGAGCGCCUGACUGCAGCCCUGGAGCGCCUGCGGCAGUGGGGCCUGGAGCAGAGGUGUCUACAGUUGGCAGCCCGAGAGGCCUCCGAGGCAGAGCUGGGCCUGGUACACAGCCCAGAGUAUGUGUCCUUGUUGCGAGGAACCCAGACCUUGAGCACCAGGGAACUACAGGCGCUGUCUGGACAAUACGACGCUGUCUACUUCCAUCCGAGUACCUUCCACUGUGCCCGGCUGGCCGCGGGGGCUGCGCUGCAGCUGGUGGAUGCCGUGCUGACGGGGGCUGUGCACAACGGGCUCGCCCUGGUGAGACCUCCUGGGCAUCACAGCCAGAGAGCCGCUGCCAAUGGAUUCUGCGUGUUCAACAAUGUGGCCAUAGCAGCCAAACACGCCAAGCAGAGACACGGGCUGCACAGGAUCCUCAUUGUCGACUGGGAUGUCCACCAUGGUCAGGGCAUCCAGUAUAUCUUUGAGGAUGACCCCAGCGUCCUCUACUUUUCCUGGCACCGCUAUGAGCAUGGGCGCUUUUGGCCCUACCUUCGAGAAUCGGAUGCGGAUGCUGUUGGGCAGGGGCAGGGCCGUGGCUUCACUGUCAACCUGCCCUGGAAUCAGGUUGGGAUGGGAAAUGCUGACUACGUGGCCGCCUUCCUCCAUGUGCUGCUCCCCGUGGCCUUUGAGUUUGACCCUGAGCUGGUGCUCAUCUCAGCAGGAUUUGACUCUGCGAUCGGGGAUCCUGAGGGGCAGAUGCAGGCCACGCCGGAGUGCUUCUCCCACCUCACACAGCUGCUGCAGGUGCUUGCCGGUGGCCGAGUCUGUGCUGUGCUGGAGGGAGGCUACCACCUGGAGUCGCUGUCCCAGUCCGUGUGCAUGGUGGUGAAGGCGCUUCUGGGUGACCCUGCCUUGCCCCUGUCGGGGCCCAUGGAGCCUCAUCACAGUGCCCUGGAAUCCAUCCAGAGUGUCCGGGCUGCCCAGACCCCUCAUUGGAAGAGCCUCCGGCAGCAAGGGUCGACCCCCAUACUGAAUCCCAGCACCUACUCCCUGGAGCAGAGAGCCUCAUCUGUAUCGCCCGGGGGACCCAAAUUCAAGGCAGCAGAGGCGCAGGCCUCGGCCGCACUGAGUUCCCUCCUAGACCAGCUGCACCUCAACCCCACACUGCCUGUCUGCACGGCUGUUGCCCUGACUGCACUGGAUGCCGCUCUGGUCCUACCCGCCGACGUCCUCCGUCAGGAGGGGUCAGCCCCACAGGAGGAGACACGGGCCUGGGCCAGGCUACACGAGGCCCUGGCCCAGGACAAGGCUCUCACUGCACUUGGGAAGGUCCUGCACCUCUUGAAUAGGAUCCUGGAUGGGCAGGUGAGCAGUGGCAUUGCAGCAACCCCGGAGCCCGCUGCGGCUCCCACCCUGGAUGUGGUCAUUCGGCGCAGCUUGUCCCACGGAGCGCGGAGGCUUCUCUGUGUGGCUGUGGGACAGCUGGAUCGGCCCGCAGACCUUGCCGACGACGGGAGGAAUCUGUGGCUGAACAUCAGAGGCAAGGAAGCAGCCGCCCCAUCCAUGUUCCAGGUCUCCGUGCCACUGCCAGGGACUACUGGUGGGUUCGUGAACUGCGUUCUGGCCCUCGUGCUGCCCCUGGCCUAUGGCUUCCAGCCUGACCUCGUGUUGGUGGCGCUGGGGCCAGCCCACGGCCUGCAGGCCCCCCAAGCCGCACUCCUGGCUUCUCUGCUGCGGGGGCCGGCGGGGGGCCGAGUCUUGGUCCUGCUGGAGCAGGGAUCCACAUCCCAGCUCGCAGGGAUCCUGGCCCGGGUGUUACAGGGAGAGGCGCCCCCCGGCCUGGGUCCCUUCUCCAUGGCCUCCCCAGAGGACACACAGGCCCUGAUAUACCUGAGAGGGCAGCUGGAAGCAGAGUGGAAGAUGCUGCAGGUGGCCGCUCCUCAAGUGCCGUGACCGGGCAGCUUGAAAUCUGCCAGGGUAGGAGUCUUUGCACUCCAGAGGUGACACCACAGACUAGUCCCCCAAGAGCCGGCUUUAAACACUCACGUGUGCACCACUGCCUGAGGCCUCUGUCCUGAUGGCCAGGCUACAGAGCUGUCCGGGGCUCUGGCUCAGGGACACAAUGUCCACGGCCGUGACCGGGAGCCCCCCCUCCAGUGGUCUGCCUCUGCACAGAUGGUUCCAUCCUCACUUCCUGCACGCCUCUUAACCUCAAAAAAUAAAAGUCGUUUUACCAGCAAAAA